CCCUUCUCUUGAAAAAGAGAGCCAAUCUUUGAUCGCAACAUCUUUCUCGCUCAACCAGAGAGAGAGGGAUAAUUUUGCCAAAAUGCGUCCCCUCACUGAACCAGAGACGCAAACUCUCUUCUCUAAGCUGGCCAACUACACCGGUCGAUCUCUUACACAUUUGAUCGCGCCGACGGCCAACGACGACAGCGAUGAUCGUUAUGUUUUCCGCCUGCACGGCAAUCGUGUCUACUAUGUCCGCCUCUCAAUUGCGAACCUUGCUACCUCUGUGGCUCGUCACAAUCUGCUGAGUCUGGGAACCUGCCUGGGCAAGUUCACCAAGACGGGAAAGUUCCGCCUGCACAUCACCGCGCUCGAUGUGAUUGCGCCCCACGCCCGGUACAAGGUCUGGAUCAAGCCCAACGGCGAGAUGCCCUUCCUUUACGGUGGUAAUGUUGUCAAGGCCCACGUUGGUCGGUGGAGCGAUGACUGUCCCGAGCACCAGGGUGUGGUUGUUCUGGGAAUGGAUGACAAGCCUUUGGGUUUCGGUAUCACUGCUCGCUCGACUGCUGAAGCUAGACAUCUCGAUCCCACUGGCAUUACGACCUUCCGACAGGCAGAUAUCGGAGAAUACCUGAGAGAGGAAGAUACUCUUUUCACUACUACUUAGUUUCCUCAGUCUCCCUCUUCUUUUGCUUGGACGAUGGAAAAAGAAGCUCAUUGAUCUAAAUCUUAUGCGAGAGCAAGAAGAUAUCACCGCUUCGGACUGUUCCUCGUCGCAAUUAGUGGGAGAACAAAAGUAAGGGUACGGAGUCAAUCGGUUGCAUGGCGUUACAAAUGCAUUAAGGUCAACAAGAUUUCAGUCAUCUCAAACGUCAAGUCGUUUUUACAUGUCUAGUUUACAUACCUUUCACUCUUGCAAGGUUUCGAUUUAUAUAUAGAAUUAUCCAAGGUGUAUACAAUUCUAGUAUCGUUUUUUUGACCGUC